CCCCGCGAUCGCUCGCCCGCCCGCCGGCCCGCUCGCUGAGACCGCGCGCGCUGGCCCCGGCGCCCGUGGCGCGGAUCCGCCGGCGUCGCCCCUCCGGCCCCGAGCUCACCUUCCUCCUCUCGCUCCGGCCGCAGCUGACCCGGCGCCGGGAGCGGCCAGGGCCCCGCGUUGAAGUUAAAACCCCACGGAAGAAACAUGAGGUUCCCCUGGAAAUUACUCAAGAGGAAGAUGGAAGGGGCUCUUUAAAAUAGAUUAAAAGCUGCCGGCUGCAAGACUGGGGCCAGAGGGCUGGCAGUGGAAAGCCCUGUUGGGUUGUGAACCCUCACGGAAAAGUUCCAGGUGCCUUUUUGCUUCCUGCAAAAGAAAGGAAGAGAAGGCGAAGACCAUGUCCAUGGCCUUGAAGCAGGUGUUCAAUAAGGACAAGACCUUCCGGCCCAAGAGGAAAUUUGAACCUGGCACACAGAGGUUUGAGCUCCACAAACGGGCUCAGGCGUCCCUCAACUCGGGCGUGGACCUGAAGGCAGCCGUGCAGCUGCCCAGCGGGGAGGACCAGAACGAUUGGGUGGCGGUGCACGUGGUGGACUUCUUCAAUCGGAUCAACCUCAUCUACGGCACCAUCUGUGAGUUCUGCACGGAGCGGACCUGCCCUGUGAUGUCAGGGGGCCCCAAAUAUGAGUACCGGUGGCAGGAUGACCUCAAGUACAAGAAGCCAACGGCACUGCCAGCUCCCCAGUACAUGAACCUUCUUAUGGAUUGGAUCGAGGUCCAGAUCAACAACGAGGACAUAUUUCCAACGUGUGUGGGUGUUCCCUUCCCGAAGAACUUCCUUCAGAUCUGCAAGAAGAUCCUGUGCCGCCUUUUCAGGGUCUUCGUCCACGUCUACAUCCACCACUUCGACCGCGUCAUUGUGAUGGGUGCAGAGGCCCACGUGAACACCUGCUACAAACACUUCUAUUACUUCGUCACAGAGAUGAACCUCAUAGACCGCAAGGAGCUAGAGCCCUUGAAAGAGAUGACGAGCAGGAUGUGUCACUAACGCCCCAUCUUACCCUUUGGAAGAAAGAGAAAAGCUGUUUCCUCCUGGAGCCCUGAGCGGGUAGGACGGAGACCUCCCUGGCUGAAAUGGCGUAGCUACUCCCGGGAGCAAGCGAGGUGGAGACCAGCG